AUGUCCUUCAAGGUCAACACGCCAGUUCCCCAGCCAUUGCCAAAGGAGUGCAUCAAGGCAACCAAAAUAUUCCAAUCGUUUGUGGGUGAUGGCCGCGGUGGUUUGGACGGCGUAGUUCCUCGUCGCGUCCUCGAGCAAGCAUAUGGGUUUGCGUUCCUCAGUGUGGUCAAGGCAAGUCAGUGGCGGAAUGUGCACGCUGCCAUCUUAGAAGGUGGAAGUGGUCUUGUGAUUGCACGCUUGGAUGACGACACCUGGAGUGCACCCAGUGCUAUUGGCACGGCCGGAAUGGGCUUUGGAGGACAGGCUGGAGCAGAAGUUACAGACUUUCUCUUUGUUCUCAAUUCUCGCUCGGCCGUGCGGUCGUUCAUGUCCGCUGGAUCUGUCACGCUCGGAGGGAACUUGUCGGUUGCUCUAGGCCCUGUAGGCCGUACCGGAGAGGCCGCGGGUGCCUUAAACACUAGCGGAAAAGUCGCAGCGAUAUAUACGUAUGCAAGAUCCAAAGGUAUAUUUGGAGGCGUAUCUAUUGAAGGUUCAAUCAUUGUUGAGCGUCAAGACGCCAACUUUCUUGCCUAUGAGUCGAGUGUCACGGCACAGAUGCUACUUUCAGGAGUUGUCCCUGUUCCACGGUGGGCAGAUCUUCUCAUCCAGACGAUCGAACAAUUCACCGGUCAAUCUGGUGGACGAAGGUUCGUUCGAGACUCCAACCCGGGAACUCCUGGAGAGUAUGCAUUUGGAGGACUAGGGUCGCCAGGCAGCGUCCUAAAGAAGAAGAGCACACCCAAGUCGGAAUUUCCGCCAAGAAGCUGGGGAGCACCCAAGGAGAACGGGUCAUAUUUCGACUCAUGGGAUUCGGAGCAGUCUCGAGGCGGAACACAGUCUAAUGAAACAGAAGGAAGUUUGAUCGACAUGAGUAUACCAGGCCAAAGCAAUGGGUUCAACAAGAGCAGUCCCUUUUCUCAUAUGACCUCGCCCUUCGACACUACAAAUGCCGAUAUUCGCCUUUCAACAGACAAAAUGGUGUCUCCGUUUGAUACUUCGGUUCUCAAGCGCUCGAACAGUGGUCCAACCCGGCCCAAGGCGGUUCGCACCGAAUCCGAGACGUCCCUCAAGAUGAAGUCUCGCGCUGCCCAGCUAUCAUCUCAACUAGAGGGUGACAUGACAUCCCUUUCUAGACUAUCCCUCCUACGUGGUGCAAUCACUCCAACACGACAAGCCCCACCAACAGCAAACCUGAUCGAUAUCCAAGAUGAUGAGGUUCACGUAGACUUGGACAAGACCAACGUGGUAUUGCCUUCGUCUUCGACGCCUACGUACAUUAAGCCAGCGGUCUUGCGCAAGAAUAGUCGGAAGAAUGACACAGAUUCGGAAGAGGAUUACGUGCCCAAACACAAGAGGGCACCUUCCCAACGCUUCAAGGCGGCACUCAAAGAGCCGAUGCCGGAUGAGGGGGUCGGGAGAGCAAUUGUCCGCUUUGAUUUCGAAGCUGUAGAGGUAGAAGAUUUAACCAUCCGAAAGGGUGACAUUAUCACAAUUUUAGAGAAGAGUAAUAGCAUGAACGACUGGUGGAAGGGAAAGAUUGGCACCCGCGUAGGCCAAUUUCCUGCCAACUUUGUCGAAGUUGUUGGCGACGUGAGAACCGAGCCAGAUCCAUUCGACCUGUAA